UGUGUAUCAUUUGAACAGAUUGCUACCUGUAUAAACCAAAAUCAUAAAAUUAAUAAUUUGAGAAUAAUAAAGCUUGAUAAUGGCAUCAGAAAGGCACAGAGAAGUGAUACAACGACAGAUACAUCAGGAUUGGGCUAACCGUGAAUACAUUGAAGUUAUUGCAAAUUCGAUAAAGAAAAUUACGGCUUUCUUAAACUCAUUUGACAUGUCGUGUCGCUCCAGGUUAGCAGUAUUAAAUGAAAAAUUGACAUCUUUGGAACGAAGAAUCGACUACUUAGAAGCAUGUAUUAAUAAGGAUUCAGAUCAUGUUCGACCAUAAAAAUUCUUCCAGAAUCCGCAAACAGAUUUAGAAUUCGAUCAAUUUAAUUUUAUUAUUCCAAUUUAAUUUCUAUAAUUUUAAGGAUUUUAUUCUUCUUCAAAAGCUUGUGCAAACAUAAUUCUACAAUUUUAAAAUAAAGGAAAUUAUCUUUGUAAGAUGUAAACAUAAUUUGAGUUUUAAGUAAGAUAUUAUGAUUCACAUUGUUUCAGCAGACGAUAAAGGGCAGCAGCUUCCCGUAUUCUGCUAAAUUCAACACAGAAUGCUUCCACCUCAAUAAAUAAAUCCUUCAGAUUGAUAAUCUUCUUGUUUCGAAUUAGACUUUGAAGAAAAACGCAGACAAGUCGCACC